AUGAUCGUUCCUCGCCGGCCGCCACGGCUCGCCUUUGUUGUCGUGACAGCAUUCAUCCUAAUUCUCUUCGUCUACAACCCAUACUGGCUAUCUGCGUCCCAGAGCGCGCCAAGACCAAUCCAGCACAACAUUCAGUUCAAACCGAGCUCGUUCAAUUGGACAACUGCGCGCCAAUUCCAUCCCGUGUCAACUCCUUUUACGUCUCUUCCGACUGGCAAUCCGCUCAAGCUUCCUCGAAUUCAGCAUGAUUUUGGCGUCGCGAAUCCGCACCCCGAGGCACCCAAGCGCCAGAAAGCCGUCCGAGACGUCUUCAAGAAGAGCUACGAUAGCUACAAGCGUUAUGCGUGGAUGCGGGACGAGCUCGCGCCGGUCACUGCGGGCGCGAAAGAUACUUUCGGAGGAUGGGCGGCGUCGCUCGUGGACUCGCUAGACACUUUGUGGAUCAUGGGCUUCAAGGAGGAGUUUUACGCGGCGGCCGAGGUUGCUGUCCAAAUGGAUUGGGCAAAGACAGCGGAGAAGAGUGCCAAUAUGUUCGAAACCACGAUCCGUCAUUUGGGAGGCCUUUUAAGUGCUUUCGAUCUCAGUGGAGAGAUUGCUCUCUUGGAGAAGGCGAAGGAGCUGGGAGAUAUGCUGUACAUGGGCUUUGAUACGCCCAAUCGUAUCCCGGGAUUCUGGUUGAAUUUCGAAGACGCCACCAAGGGAGCUCAGCUCGCAGGCACCCACGAUCCAUCAGCUUCUCCAUGUUCGCUCUCUCUCGAGUUUACUCGUUUAUCGCAACUUACGGGAGAUAUGAAGUACUUCGAUGCGGUGAACCGCAUCAAUCGCUUCCUCGAACGCACUCAGUUUCAGUCCAAGCUUCCUGGAAUGUGGCCGAAGAUGAUUGACUUCCAGAAUGAGCGCGUUGACGACAACGGAUUCACCCUGGGUGCCCUCGCAGACUCUUUGUACGAGUAUCUGCCGAAGAUGUACGCUCUUAUGGGCGGCUUGGACAAAUCUUUUGAGAAGAUGUACAUUGGUGCCAUGACGAUCGUGGAGCAGCACAUUCUCUUCCGGCCGAUGACACCGGACAACGCCAACAUUCUCUUCGCAGGAGAUGUUUACGUACACUCCGACAGAAUCGACCAUGUCGCUGAAGGCCAACAUCUGUCUUGCUUCGUUGGUGGAAUGCUAGGACUGGGCGGAAAGCUCUUUUCUAUCGAUGACCACGUCGACCUUGGUGACCGUGUGGCUCGCGGCUGUGCCUGGGCCUACGACGCGAUGCCGACUGGCAUCAUGCCGGAAAUCUUCGAUCUCAUUGGGUGCUUCUCGGUGAAAGACAAGUGCCCCUGGGAUGAGAAGAAGUGGGAGCAAGAUGGUGACAAGAGACUGAAGAAGGGUUUCAGGAAUGCUCGUGACCCCAGGUACAUCCUGCGACCCGAGGCCAUUGAGAGCGUCUUCCUCCUCUAUAGGAUGACUGGGAAGCAAGAUUUGCAAGACAUUGCAUGGCGCAUGUUCCAGUCCAUCAUCAAGGCGACUGGGACAGAGUAUGCCAACUCAGCCAUCGCUGAUGUAACUGUCCCCCCCGAGAAGACUCACAAGAUAGAUUCCAUGGAGAGCUUCUGGCUUUCGGAAACCUUGAAAUACUUCUACCUUAUUUUCUCACCCCUUGACUUGGUAAGCUUGGACGACUUCGUCUUCAAUACGGAGGCGCAUCCGUUGAGGAUUCCGAAAUGA